GAUGAAUUUGAUAGACAUUAUACAGGUAGUAUUCUUAGAAAUUUAAUUCAUGUUAUGUAUGAAAAUGAACAAUUAACAUUAACAAAUCAUGAACUUGUUGAAUUAUUUACAGAAGAUUUAGGAAGUCAUUUUGAUAAAGCAACAGAUGAAAUUGAUACAAUAACAACAAUACUUUCAACACCAUUAAAAUUAAAACAAAUUUGUCGAAAUAGAAUACGUAAACGUCUUUGUUCUUCUAAAAUAGGUGGUCUUAAUAGACAAACACUUGAACAUUCAUCACUUUCACCACCAUUAAAACAAUCACUUAGACAUUUUAUUCUUCCAUGA